AUGACUGCUAGGGCUCAAGGAGAUCUUCGCGAUGGACUUUCGGCAGCCGAGAUCUUCGAGAAUAGGGAAGGUCUCACCUAUAACGACUUUUUGUUGCUACCCGGAUACAUAGACUUCACUGCUGAAGAGGUAGAUUUAACUUCCCCUCUCACGAAAAAAAUUAACCUGAAAUCACCUUUAGUAUCGGCUCCGAUGGACACUGUAACUGAAGCUGAUAUGGCAAUCGCCAUGGCUUUGUGCGGAGGCAUAGGUAUAAUACACCAUAACUGUACUCCUGAAUACCAGGCCAAUGAAGUUCAUAAGGUGAAGAAAUACAAACAUGGAUUCAUUAGGGAUCCAAUGUGUAUGGGUCCCAACAAUACGGUCGCUGACGUCAUCGAAGCCAAAAGGAAGAAUGGUUUUACUGGAUAUCCCAUCACAGAAAACGGAAAGUUGGGUGGACGCCUUAUUGGUAUUGUAACAUCCAGAGAUAUAGAUUUCAGAGAGGGUGAUCCACAGCUGAGCCUGAAAGAGGUUAUGACACCGAUUGAUGAUAUGAUAACAGCACAAUCUGGUGUCACUUUACAAGAUGCUAAUUACAUACUCGAGAAGAGCAAGAAAGGAAAACUGCCGAUCAUCAAUGGCGCUGGUGAACUGGUAGCACUGAUUGCAAGAACAGAUUUGAAAAAGGCACGUAGCUACCCUAAUGCAUCAAAGGAUUCUAAUAAGCAACUUCUGGUAGGAGCUGCAAUCGGUACCCGUGAAACAGACAAGGAGCGACUGAAGUUGCUGGUCAGUAAUGGUGUGGAUGUGAUAGUUCUUGACUCAUCUCAGGGCAACUCAAAAUAUCAAAUUGAUAUGAUCAAGUAUAUAAAGAAUACUUACCCUGACAUUCAAGUUAUAGGUGGCAAUGUUGUGACUAGAAUGCAAGCAAAGAAUCUUAUAGAUGCAGGGGCUGAUGCAUUGAGGGUUGGUAUGGGUAGUGGCUCUAUAUGUAUAACUCAAGAGGUAAUGGCUUGUGGGUGUCCUCAAGCAACUGCUGUGUAUCAAGUUGCAUCUUACUCACGUCAGUUCAAUGUCCCCAUUAUUGCAGAUGGUGGGAUACAAAGUGUUGGUCAUAUUGUGAAGUCUCUUGCUCUAGGUGCUUCAACAGUUAUGAUGGGUUCUUUACUCGCUGGAACGUCAGAAGCACCUGGGGAGUACUUUUUCUCUGAUGGUGUAAGGUUGAAGAAAUACAGAGGAAUGGGCAGUUUAGAAGCCAUGGAGAACAAGGAUGGCAAAGGAUCCGCAAUGAGCAGAUACUUCCACAAGGAAACUGAUAAACACAGAGUUGCACAGGGUAUAUCAAGUCCGAAUUACACUGGAUAUCAACUAGACCUCGGGUUCCUGUUGGCUGUUAAACCUAUAAUCAAUGAGCUUAAACCUCCUAAGGCUACAAGUCAAUCUUACUCAAUAGAUCAAGACAACCCGGCUGGGUAA